UAAAAACAAUACAACUCAAAAUGUUUUUGGUGAUACUCAAGACGACAAGGUUGUUAUAGAUGUUACCUUUACGAUUUUAAUAAUUACUUUUUAAUAAAGUGUCUUUCGUUAUUAAGUAAAAAGUUAUAUUUUUAAUGUAGGUGUUGGAGGAGAGUAAUCAGUAUGCGGGGAACAAAUUUGAUGAUGAUGUGUUUGAUGUAAACGAUUAUAGUGAAGUUAAAGAGGUUAUUAUAUAGUUACAUUAAUAUUAAUAUUUUGUUUAUUUAGAUAUUAUUGGUUAUUAAAUUAUGUGUAUUUCGUUAUUAAGUAUAAAGUAUUAUCUUUAAUGUAGGAGUGGGAGGAGAGGAAUGACAAUGCAGGGAACAAAUUUGAUGAUGAUGUGCCGGAUGAAGACGAACUUAUAAUAAUGGGAAAUUUAGAUUAUUUUCAUGAUGAUGAUGAUGACAAAGAAGUUACACCCGAUAAACCUAGGAGUCGAAAACCAUCACAAUUUUUAUGCACUCCUUACACCGAGUUGCACACGACACCGAAACAAAAAAGAAGAACAAAAAAGAAGGUUGGUAUGAAAUCAACAAGCCCCGUUCCUCCUCCAGUUUUUGGUGUUGCUCAUGACUUCUCCAUGUUGCGCCUGCAACCUUACAUAGCAGGCGGUGAGGAUGUCAUCCAAAAUUAUGUAUUGCAUUCAUACGAUGUGCAGCAUCGUUUGUUUAAUUUCGUGUUAGAUAGAGAUUUUUGGAGCUCAUUGUUUGGGCAUACACACGACGGAUGGUUGGAGUCAGCGGUAAAUAAAUUGUUAAUUAAUUCUUUUAAAAGUUAAUUGUUUUUUAGUCAAUAACAAAAGUAUCAUGUGUGCAGCAUAUAACCAUUUGGUACCGAGUUUUGAUGGAG